AUGUCCCCCACGACAGCCCUCCAGGGCCGCGUGAAAGAGCUCUCAACUUCUCUGGGACAAAUUCAACCCCUUGUGGAUCGAUUACGCGAUUUUACUGCUUCUAUCGGACAGGGCGAUGAAGCCCGCCUGGAGCUUGGGAGUGAAAUACAUUCCCGACUGAAGGAAGCCGAGCAAGAGCUAGAGCUGCUGCGUGUAGAAGCCGAGGCGCUGGAAACCGGCUCUGAUAGCAGGCGCAAGGCCCCUGCUGUUCAUGGACAGAAGGAGGCUGAGAGGGAGCGGGUCAUUUCGAUGGUGGGGCGAUUGGCUGAGGAUCUCAAGAGAACACGAGGUGAAUUCCGAACUGCCCAAUUACAAGCGAAGCGGAAAGCCGAACUUGCCAAGCGGCAGGAGAGAGAGUUGCUGCUGUCGAGAUCGCAUUCCUCCGAGAAGAAGCAGCCGACAGAGAAGUUUACCCAGGAUGAUCUUGUUUUGAACGCCUCGAACGAUGUGACAUCUGCGCUACGCAGAACCCAUCAACUCAUGCAGGCGGAGCUCUCCCGCAGCCAAUUUGCCCAAUCGACCCUUGAACAAUCCACAGCCGCGAUCUCAUCUCUGUCCGAGUCUUAUAGCGGCCUUGAUACACUUCUCUCCUCGUCCCGCAACCUGGCUAACUCCCUUCUCCGCUCCCAAAAGUCCGACACGUGGUACCUUGAGACUGCUUUCUAUGUUCUUAUUGCAACAAUCAGUUGGCUUCUAUUUCGACGUGUCUUCUAUGGGCCUCUUUGGUGGCUUUUAUGGCUGCCUUUGAAGUUCAUCGGUCGGGUCGCGUUUGCAACACUAGGUGCAGCUGGACUGUCCACUACAGCUGCGCAGUCUGCUUCUCAGUCCCUCGCAGGGGAUGUCUCUACGGCGAUUCAUCAAAUGGCCACGGCGGCUACAACAGGAACCGUGACAGCCAGUAUCACUGCCUGGGAGCAAGAGCCGUCAGCACCGAUCGAUAGCGAUCGUGUAAUUGACAAAAUUGGUGACAUGGUUGAGCAAGAGAAACAAUCAAGCGUAGACAUCGACGAUGUCACCCCGGAGGAGAGGGCAAGACAGGCAGAGCUUCCCCGGAAUACAAAAAGAGGAUUUUCUAAGACCACCAUUGAAGGUGAGGAUGGGGUUGAAGUAUAUCGAAGCAGUGAGCUGCUCUCAUUGGUCGCUCCCCCAUAUGCUCUUUUACGGACCCCCGGCACAGGAAAAACAUCGACAAUCCUCGCCCUCGCCAAAUCCCUCUUCGGGCCCGCCCUCUACCGCUCCCGAAUCCUAGAACUGAACGCCUCCGACGAGCGCGGUAUCGGCAUCGUCCGCGACAAAGUGAAGAAUUUCGCCCGAGCCCAGCUCUCCCAACCAACAGGCCUGGAUGCCGCCUACCGCGCACAGUACCCAUGUCCACCAUUCAAGAUCAUCAUCCUCGACGAGGCAGACAGUAUGACGCAAGACGCACAGUCCGCUCUGCGCCGCACGAUGGAGACAUACAGUCGGAUCACGCGGUUCUGUCUUGUCUGUAACUACGUCACGCGCAUUAUCGAGCCGCUCGCUAGUCGAUGCAGCAAGUUCCGAUUCAAGAUGCUGGAUACUAGCGCUGCUGGUGAGCGGAUCUCGAAUAUUGCGGAGCGGGAGGGUUUGCAGCUUGAGGAUGGGGUUAUCGAUACGCUUAUCCGGUGUGGCGAGGGUGAUUUGCGUCGUGCUAUCACGUAUCUGCAAAGUGCGGCGCGGUUGGUCGGUGCUACGAAGCCGCCUGCUGUGAAGGAUGCUGAUGAUGAUGCUGAGAUGACGGAUGCUGGUAGCAAUUCUAGUGUUAUUACGGUUCGCAGCAUUGAGGAAAUUGCUGGCGUGCUGCCGGAGGACAUUUUGGAUUCUCUUGUGGAGGCUAUGCAGCCCAAGAGUGGUGGGUCGGUCUACGAGGCUGUCUCGGGGGUGAUUACGGACCUUGUGGCUGAUGGUUGGAGUGCUACGCAGCUUGUUGGACAGUUAUACCGACGUGUAGUGCUCAACGAAGCAAUCCCUGAUAUCCAGAAAAACAAGAUUGUCAUGCUCUUCUCGGAGAUGGACAAGCGGCUGGUUGACGGGUCCGAUGAGCAUCUCUCCAUGUUGGACCUUGCACUACGCAUUGCGGGAGUCCUGAGUGGAAAUUGA